AUGGUCGUGCUUCAAAAAUCGGAUAACCAACUAUACGCAGACAUUGUUCGAUGUUUGAAACAAAAUUUUCGAUCUGAGUUUCAACCGCCUUUCGUUGCGCCGCAUGGCGAGCGAAAAGUCCGAAUUCGAACGGGUUGUCAUUACAAAUCGCAAUUACCGGAAGACCAUUGGCGAGAAAAGUACAAUCGCAAUGUAAAACAGAGUGUUCGAGGAUUUUAUACGCCGGCUCAUGUUCCGUAUGCUUCAGUUGGAGAUGUUUGUUUGGAUGUAAAAGACCUCGUAGUGAAAACAGUCGGCUGCGAACAGAGCCCUGAGAAGGUAGGUUAAAAGCUUAAAACACGGUUGUUUUACUUAUAUAUUCACAUUUAUUCUCAUUCUUAAAUCUGAAAAGAGGUUCUCAUUUAAAGCAAUUUACCACUCUAUUCUUCAGAAUCAGCUAGGGUAUAUUGUAUGUAAGCAUUUAAUAUAACACAACCUCCGCUACAAGAAAUCCAACGAUGUCCCUGAUUUGAAAACCAAAUAUAUCAAACUUUGUUAUCAGAACAUGCACAUGCACUGGUUGACAUCCCUGUUUUCUCUGUAAAAUUCCCUUGACCUUUGCAAAAAAAAUUUCGUCAUGUCUUGAUUAGCAUCUCAUACAGCUUUUUUUUAUGGAGGAAUUAAAAAAUUCCUUCAUUUGAAAAAUAUGUCCUGUAACCCUGAGUAGUUAUCCUGAGUUAUCUCGUUAUUGUUUCAGUUUAAUAAUUCCAGUCUUGCUGCUGAUCUCUGUGAAAAAGAGAAAAAGAAGGACGAAGAUCAUGUGGUAAUAAGUCAGAAGGUAGGGCGAGAAACACAAAUUCUGUUAUAAGUAAUGGCAAGUUAUUGUUUUUACGACAUCGCAAAAAGGACGACAGGAAGAAAAGGACGACAAAACGCUUUUGAGUGGCAGAAGUGACAGGGCUGUUACCUAUCUGUUUUGACGUAAUCUUCACUUGACAUUAAUUUUUUGUUUCCAGUCUUUUACAAAAAAGAUCUAUUUAAAAGAAGGUGAAGAUUGGCGGAAGCUUUUUUCAAACAAAAUUGUUGUCACGCUUGUCACACAAGGUUUGCCGUCUUCUCCCCUCUUUCGUCCUGUUGCGUUAGUUCACUCAGCGUACGCCUUUGGUAAGUUGAAAAUACAAUUUUUCUACGAUUUUUAAAAAUAAUGAUGUUAUCAUCUACUUCGAAAAUGUAGAAGGGGCCAUUUAAGAAUACGAGGUUUUAUUUAUUUUAACAUGUUGUUGUUUUUGUUGUUCACUUGUUGUUUUUCAGUAUCUGAAAAGGAUGAUUUUUUGUCAUGACUUUGAAACAGUAAACUGUGUACAAGAUAAUAGUGAAGUAAACUUUAUACAAUUGGUUUACCUCAUUGGUCAAUAAUAAACAGCACAUUUCCUCUUUUUAUAAUUAGAAUACCGUAAAAUUCCGAAAAUAAGCCCUUCCAAAUAUAAGCCCCCCAAACUCGUAACGCAAAGAACCCUCCGUUAAAUCACCCCUCUAAAAUUAAGCCCCCCCGGGAGCUUGUACUUGGAAAUUGCCCUCAAAUACAAAGUAAAACAGAGCAAAAACGGAAAAUCUCUUUCCAACUAUAAGGCUAGCCCAAUCGAUUUUGAAACGCAAAUUUACCUCCAUAGAAAAGCCCCUGCGAAUAUAAGCCCCUCAAAAAGGGCCUUUGAAAAAUAUAAGCUCCGCGGGUUAUUUUCGGAAUUUUACGGUAACCUUUUUGUUCUGAAUUAUUGGUUUACACUUUUGUAGAAACAGAAAUUACAAGGAUCAAAGAAGAGGGGGUGUUUCUUGUUUCAAGAUCAAGGUGGAUUGAGUGAGAUCAAAGCAAAGCUUUCUCAAUACCAGGGAAGAUUAUCGGCUUUGCGAGCGGGUCAAACGUUUCAAGAAUGUCUUAAAAAGGAGGAUGUCAUGCUCAUGGUAAGAAAAAUGAACCUCUUUCAUCUCUGCUCAAAAUCAUAGCUUUACAUAACAUUACAGAAAGAGAAUCCGGAUUACGGAAUCCGGAAAAUUUUUACUUAACAAAAUCCGGAAUCCAGCAAUAUUUGCUGUUGAAUCCGGAUUUCAUGGUUUUGGAAAUCUGGAACGCAUUCUAAGGAAUCAUGAAUCCUGCUGCCUGUAAUCCUGAAACCAAGUUCCACUGGCACAGAAUCCGGGAAUCCAGAAUCCACACCGCAGAAUCCAGAAUCCAAGACUAGGACUCCCUUUCAUGGAUUCCCUCACAGUCGAACUUGCGGUAAGCGACCACCCAGAGUGCGAAGAUUAGGUGGUUGCCUGCGAGUAUCGAACUAUGCGAGUCUCUUUCGAGAAGAGGUCCCAAGACAUCUGCUUUUAUGCAAAGAUUGUUUACAUGCAGUUUCUAUAUGUGAGGUUCUACGUUGUCACUUAUCAAAGUUCUGUAUACUUUUGGAAGCCUGGUACUGAUUGUGAACAUAGAGAUUAGACCACGGGUCAGUUGGUCGCCUACAACAGGUUAAAAAUUAAAAAACCGUCUCCCCCAAAAGUGGUAGCGGUCGCUUACUAGAGGUGGUCGUUUUCUGCUUAGAAUAAAGCGGAGAUCGUCUAAAAGCUCUACUAAGCUUGCUUGAUCUCCUGCCUUGUAGUAGUGUGAUAGGUUAUGUGUGUACAAAUGAAUGUAUGGUAAAUAAUUACAGGGCUUUGACUAGGAAAAGUUUCCAUGUUUUUGGAUAGAUGGCAGCUUAUGCAAGGUGAUCGCUUAAGAGAGGUGGUCACACAUGGGCGGGUUGAACUAUAUUUAACAUUUUUCCCUUAAACAUGUUUAUAAUUUGUUCUUCAAAAGUUUUGUUCUUUGUUUUAGUACAUUGAAGCGAUGAAAGAAUCGAGUCAAAAUCAGCCCGGCGAGUGUGCUAUAUCGCCUGCAGAUAAACUAAAGACGAUACUGAAUAAGAUGAGACCAUCUGAGCGUUUGGAUGCACCUUUACUUGGAGAUGAACUAAUUCCUGCUUUACCGAACGAAAUCAAGCCUGAACAUGAGGAGGAGAUCAUUGAUCAAAGGCUGGUUUAUAGAUAA